AUGAUUUACCAAAAUUUAAACAUACCUAAGCAUGUGCUUAUGAAAACAUCAAAAAAAAAAUAAAUGAUGAUACAUUUGGCUAAAUUUGUUUUGUCUAUGAUCAUAUGGUUUUUCUUUUUGAGAUAAUUUAAUCGUACAGAGAAACUGGGGAAUCAUGUUAAGAAAGCGACAUCAAAUUAAUGCAUCUCUAAAUUUAUAGAGAUUUGAUGAUCAUCAUU